ACAACCCCUUUUUUUAUUUGUUUUGAGGAAAAGUCGAAACUUGCAUAAAUUUCUAAAAAUAAUACGAGUAGAUGUUCAAAUUAUUUUCUUUUAUAGAGCACGAAAUACAAACAUUAUUUAAGGAAACCAUUCAAUAAAAUCUAUUGAUAUUUAGAAAUUUCUUACUGUACUUUGUUUGGAUGAAUUCCAACCCAAUUCCAAAAAUAAAGAGGGAAAAGUGAAUUCUUUAAUUACAAUAACGAAACCCUAGUUUCUCUCCUCUCUUCUUCCGCAAACCUUUAAUUACUGCCAUGGCGGUGGCAGCUCCCGGCCAACUCAACCUCCAUGAAUCACCCACUUGGGGUUCUAGAAGCGUCGAUUGUUUUCAGAAAUUGGAACAAAUUGGUGAAGGAACUUAUGGGCAAGUUUUCAUGGCUAAAGAAAUUGAGACUGGAGAAAUUGUUGCUUUGAAGAAAAUAAGAAUGGACAAUGAAAAAGAAGGGUUUCCAAUAACUGCCAUUCGUGAAAUCAAGAUUCUGAAGAAGCUGCAUCAUGAAAAUGUGAUACAACUAAAGGAGAUUGUAACAUCCCCUGGUCCUGAAAAGGAUGAGCAAGGGAGGCCAGAUGGUAAUAAAUAUAAAGGUGGAAUCUACAUGGUCUUUGAGUAUAUGGAUCAUGAUUUAACUGGUCUUGCUGAUCGUCCUGGGAUGAGAUUUUCCGUUCCACAGAUCAAGUGUUACAUGAGACAACUUUUGACGGGACUUCACUAUUGUCACGUAAACCAAGUACUGCAUCGUGAUAUUAAAGGUUCAAAUCUUCUCAUUGACAAUGAGGGGAUGCUAAAGCUUGCAGAUUUUGGCCUUGCUCGCUCUUUUUCUAGUGAUCAUAAUGGGAAUCUCACCAACCGUGUUAUUACAUUGUGGUACAGACCUCCAGAGCUGCUGCUUGGUAGCACAAAGUAUGGUCCUGCUGUUGACAUGUGGUCAGUUGGAUGUAUCUUCGCGGAGCUGCUCCAUGGAAAACCAGUAUUUCCUGGCAAAGAUGAGCCAGAGCAAAUAAAUAAGAUUUUUGAGCUUUGUGGAGCUCCAGAUGAGGCCAACUGGCCAGGGGUUACAAAACUCCCUUGGUAUACCAACUUUAAGCCAAAUAGGCCAAUGAAGAGACGUCUACGGGAGUAUUUUAGACACUUUGAUCGACAUGCUUUGGAGUUGUUGGAGAGAAUGCUGACACUUGAUCCAGCACAGAGAAUUUCUGCAAAGGAUGCACUAGAUGCUGAAUACUUCUGGGCUGAUCCAUUGCCUUGUGAUCCAAAGAGUUUGCCAAAAUAUGAAGCAUCACAUGAAUUCCAAACAAAGAAGAAACGCCAGCAGCAAAGACAACAUGAAGAAGCAGCAAAACGUCAGAAACUUCAGCAUCCCCCACCACAUUCUCGUCUUCCACCUAUUCAGCAAUCUGGUCAAUCACAUGGUCAGAUGCGGCCUGGACCUAACCAGCCCAUGCAUGGUUCUCAUUCGUCAGUUCCUGCAGGGCCUGGCCAUCACUAUGGAAAACCUAGAGGGCCCUCUGCUGGAGGCCCCAACAGAUAUUCCCAGAGUGGAAAUCCUAGUGGUGGAUAUAGUCACCCUAAUCGUGCAAGCCAAGGUGGCGGCGGAGGGGGCUAUGGCAAUGCCCCCUACCCACAGCAAGGGCGUGUUCCGCCUUAUGGUUCAAGUGGCCCACGUGGUAGUGGGGCAAGCGGUUAUGGAGCAGGUGCACCAAAUUUUCAGCAAGGUGGUCCUUAUGGCGGUUCAGGUACUGGCCGAGGCUCAAAUAUGAAUCGUAAUCAGCAGCAGUAUGGUUGGCAGCAAUGACAUUACGAAUCCUAGAUGAGGUAGAAAGGAUCAUGCUAUAGGUUGAGCAUUGAAAAACUUCACACCAUAUAUAUUUCAAUUUGUCCAAAUCGAUCUGGUCAUGGCCCUGAACCUGGAAUUGUCAAAUAAAAUGAGUAAGGUUCAAUUUAAUCAAAGAUUCUUCUGGCCAUGGAGAACGUUGAAGAACCAAGAUGCAACAAGUGUGUGGGUGAUGCUCGGUGAUGAAUUUGUCAGUGUCUUACAUUUAGGACGUUUUGUUGUGGUUGUAUCUAUAUUUGCUGCAUUUCAGAUUUGAUGAUUGAGCUUAAUAUAAGAAGUUGCUGGAGGUGUGCUCUUUAUGUGCUAAUAAUAAUGCAUCAGAUAGCCUGCUGAGCUAAGCUGCUACCUUCCCCUUCCUUUUGCCCAGUUUUGUUGGGCUGAUGUAUGAUUCUAAUGUUCAUGUUGUAUGAAAUUCAAAUUACAAUAAACUUACCUUGUUGGUUGAUUGAUAUUUUUUUUUUUUUUUUUGGUGUAUAGAGAGCCAGGGAAAAUUGUCUAGAACUACUCGGAAGAUAGGCCCAUUUGUGAACAACUACCCAUUUUUUUUAUUUGUUUACAACUAUCCGCAAGUUUGAAAAAGUUUGGGUAGAACUACCCAUUAACGUUUUCCAUCCAAAAAACCGUUAGUGGGCCCCACAUUGUACACGUGUCAUUUUUUUAUUGGAUAAAAAAAU